GGUUUGAGCCCCCCGGGAGCUUCCGGCUCGACUGACCGGACAGGUGUCCGUCCAAACGACCCGGUGCUUCGUGGGAGUGACUGUUUGUUUUAUUCAUCUGCUUCAGAAACCACCAUGUCAGACUUGUGGAGUUAUCGGCGCUGCUGCAGUUCACCGCCCCCCAACAACAACAACAACAACAACAGCAACAAACGCAUAUCGUCUUGAUAUGUGCUGUUCUACGGCCCGGGCGUCGACGUUUUAUUGUGUUUCUGCACCGUUUGCAAGCACUUUCUGCACCCCCACGCGACCGUAGAGAGACGCAGCAGCAGCAGCGUCGUCUCGAGGAGGGGCAUCCCCCUGCUGGUGUUUAUUACUGGAGAGGACGCAACACAAAUCAGAGGAGUCGAGUCAGAGACGGAGAAGAGCAAACAUGUUCGAGGCGAGAGGAAUCCCCUUUGUCCUGCUCGAUUUAGCCUGUCUGAUUCUAGGGGGUCUGCCUCUGGCAGCCUUUAACCUGGGUAAGAUCCGCCCCUACCAGAGGGGCUUUUUCUGUAACGACGAAAGCAUCAAGUACCCUUUCCACAGCAGCACAAUAACCUCCACAGUGCUCUACACCGUGGGGUUCACCCUGCCCAUUAGCUGCAUGAUAUUUGGCGAGUGCCUUUCAGUUUAUCUAAAGCGCAUCAAAUCCAAAUCUUCUUUCGGCAGCCACAUUUCCUCUGUUUACAAAGCCAUCGGCACGUUCCUCUUUGGCGCCGCGAUGAGCCAGUCUCUGACCGACAUAGCCAAGUACUCCAUCGGCCGUCUCAGGCCGCACUUCCUGGAUGUGUGCAGACCUGAUUGGAAGUUUAUCAACUGCUCAUCGGGGGCGUAUAUUGAGGAGUUCACCUGCAAUGGAGACGAGAAGAUGGUCAAUGAGGGCAGGCUGUCCUUCUACUCCGGCCACUCCUCUUUUUCCAUGUACUGCAUGCUGUUCCUGGCUCUCUACCUGCAGGCCCGACUCCAGGCUGAUUGGGCGAGGCUGUUGAGACCCACGAUCCAGUUUUUCCUGAUUGCUGCCUCGGUGUUUACAGGAUUGUCGAGGGUGUCUGAUUAUAAGCAUCACUGGAGCGAUGUGCUGACGGGACUCCUGCAGGGGGCUCUCAUGGCUAUCCUGGUGGUCUUCUGCGUGUCUGACUUUUUCAAGCCACGCGUAGAUGUCCGUAAAGAUGUCGACAUGCCACACACAACCCUGCAGGAGACAACAAAUGGAAACCACUUUGAGAGUCCCAACUAAGCUGAGACAAGAGGAGGAGGACGACCCCUCUCUGCUCUGCCCAGAUGCACACCCAGGAUCCCAGCUCUCUAGCCUUUCAUCUCACACUAAUUCUCAUCCGAUACCCCCGCAUGGAUUUACAUUUGGUUCUUACCUCAAGUCAGCCAGUGGAUGACUAUGCAUCGGGCCUGUUCAGAUUUUAAGACUUUUAUCAUUUUUCUCCACCUUUUUGAAGGAACGGGGUGACAACCUGUCCAAGGCUUGUAGAUAUGCCUAAGUGACUGAGAUAGAUGUAGGUUAGAGGCUAGAGAUUCUGUAAAGACAGGAACCAUUUAGCAUGCAUCUAUCUACUGAGCUGGUGGGAAGACUUUACUGCUGCACGCGCCCACUAAAGGGUCUGACCACUGCUGGGAGAGAGAGAGAGGGAGAGGAGGGUUGGAAACCUGUGAAUGUAACCUUGCUUUGUGCUUUUCCUGACCUGGAGUCAAAUCUGCUCAACGAUCUGUUUUAGGAUCAGUUUCUAGGUGGACUCCAGCACACCUGAGAUGUCUGAGUCUCAUAACUUUGCUCCCUUAGGUCCAGUGUUAAUUUAGGGGCCAUUAAUUAGAGGAAUGUUUGCCUCUCAAAGCUAGAACGUGCUGGAGACUAAAGCUGAUCCUAGACCAGAGGGCAACGCUGCUUCACAUCUGGAGCUGCUGACUCCAGGCCACUGCUGCCUUGCUCUCCAGCUGUCUCACCUAAUAUAGUCGAGGAGGAAGCUUGACUUGAAUCAUGUUCGGUUAGAGAGUUGAAGAGCAGACGGUCAGUUUUAGUCCCGCGUUGCCUUUACUGGACUGCUGCUGCUGCUGCUGCUAUCACAGCUCCCUGUGUAUCUAACAACUAAUGCAAACAUCAAGUGAACAGACAACAAUGUACUUUUGUAUAAUCUGUGUGUAAAUAACAAAUCAUUCAGACUUUUAUAGAAAGUAAGAAGUAAAACGUGUACAAAUGUCAAAAAAAGGAAAACAAAAGCCAUUUUACUUAUUACCAUGAACAGAAAGGAAACGCAAGUGUUUGUAUUAUGUCAUGAGCCGUCAUCAACUUAAAGCAUGACUUGUUUACUUUCUCAGCCAGAUAUAUCAAGAAUAACGUCUCAUUAUGAACCACUUUGCUCAUGUAAGCGAAAAUGAUAAAAGCAUGAAUGUUCAAUGUAUUCUGACAACGCAGACGCAUUCGCCUGAAUAAAAAACAAUUCUGUUCA